AUGUCUGAACUCUCAGUGUACCUUACUGCCCCAAAUGGGCGCAAGUACAAUCAGCCCAUCGGUCUCUUCAUCAACAAUGAGUUUGUGGCUUCCAAGUCUGGCGAGAAGCUUGCUUCUGUGAACCCUUCCGAUGAAUCUGAGAUCACGUCAGUGUAUGCUGGCGGUGAGGAGGAUGUUGAUAUCGCCGUCCAGGCCGCUCGCAAGGCCCUCAAGGACCCCUCCUGGAAGCUACUGCCCGCCACUGAGCGUGGUGUCUUGAUUUCCAGGUUGGCGGACUUGAUUGAGCAGCACAAGGAGACUCUGGCCACCAUCGAGACUUGGGAUAAUGGCAAGCCGUAUCAGGUCUCUUUGAAUGACGAUAUCGGUGAGGUCACCAACACUCUCCGCUAUUAUGCUGGCUGGGCCGACAAGGUGUAUGGUCAGACCAUUGGUACUACCCCGGCCAAAUUCGCCUACACCCUCCGCCAGCCUAUUGGCGUUAUUGGCCAGAUCAUCCCUUGGAACUACCCCCUAGCGAUGGCAGCAUGGAAGUUGGGCCCCGCGCUUGCGUGCGGUAACACUAUCGUUCUCAAGCCCGCCGAGCAAACCCCGCUCAGCAUUUUGUACUUGGCCAGUCUUAUCAAGGAGGCAGGUUUCCCCCCCGGUGUUAUUAACGUUGUCAACGGCCAUGGUCGUGUUGCUGGUGGUGCGUUGGUCACCCACCCCGGUGUUGAUAAGGUCGCCUUCACUGGUUCCACCAUCACCGGCCGUGAGAUCAUGAAGAUGGCCGCAGGCACCCUGAAGAACGUUACCCUUGAGACUGGCGGCAAGUCGCCACUGGUCGUCUUUGAGGAUGCGGACCUCGAGCAGGCCGCCAAGUGGGCACACACUGGUAUCAUGUACAACCAGGGUCAGGUCUGCACUGCGACAUCGCGAAUCCUUGUGCACGGAUCUGUAUACAACAAAUUCGUUGAGCUUUUCAAGCACACCGUCCACACCACCAGCAAGGUCGGCGACCCCUUCCACGAUGACACCUUCCAGGGCCCUCAGAUCACCAAGGCCCAGUAUGACCGGGUCCUUGAAUACAUCGAGGCCGGCAAGGCUGAGGGUGCCACGCUCGCUUCCGGCGGUGUGGCGCACAAGAACGUCGGUGAUGGACGUGGUUUCUUCGUCGAGCCUACUAUCUUCACCAACGUCACUGACUCGAUGCGCAUCUCCCGCGAGGAGGUGUUCGGUCCCUUCGUUACUAUCGCUAGCUUCACCACGGAGGAAGAGGCCGUCAGCCGUGCUAACGACACCACAUACGGCCUCGGCGCCGCAGUCUUUACUCGGGACAUUGAGCGCGCCCACCGUGUUGCCGCCGAUAUCGAGGCUGGUAUGGUCUGGAUCAACAGCAGCAACGACAGUGAUUUCCGCGUGCCGUUCGGUGGUGUCAAGCAGAGUGGUAUCGGUCGCGAGCUCGGCGAGGCUGGCUUGGACGCGUACUCGCAGAUCAAGGCCGUGCAUGUGAACAUGGGCACCAAGUUGUAA